AUGUCAAAGCGCUCGGCUUCCAAGCGAUAUAUCAACCUGCAGGACGGCUCAUACAAUGAUCGCGAACACACACCGUGGUAUUGGCGCCUCAUAGCGCUGAUUGCCUCUUGGAUGAUUCUAGGAGGCUAUCUCAUUCUACCAGGCCUGUAUGCAAAAGAACCAGACCUCAAAUUCAGCCAACCCGUGCUCACGGUCUUUGUGGUCGCAUUGCUCACGGCAGGCUAUUCUUUCACAGCGCUACUAUGCUUUGCAUGCCGCAAUGAGCUCUUCCAGGCCGAGCAGAUCUUCUUGCCCGCCCUCACCAUGUCCGCCAUCGGCCUACUUACGAUAGCAUACAACUUUUCAUCGUCCAAUCGAUUCGAAUGGGGCACGGCUGCCAUAACUGCGAUCAUUAUCGCCACCGCCGCGACCGUCCUUUACAGUGGUCUCUUACUCUGGACCCACAGGCGGAUCGUCAAAUUGAGGGAGGCCGCGGGCUCACGCUCAAACCUCUGGUCCGAGCCCACGUUUUACGCCAACUACCUCCAAAAUGUGUAUCCGACCGCCACGCGUGCAACCUCCCCCCGGCCCACCGAAAUCCCCCUGUCGGAGGACGACAGGAUCACCCAACAGAUGAAGCUCCUCCUGCUCACGAAGAGCGACUCAAGGCCCUCUCCCGACGCCUCCAGCGCAACGUUCCGCAUAGACCUGCCAGAAGACGAGGAAGAAGCGAGACGACUGGCAACCAGCUCUGAGCUGGUCGGCACACCGCACACCGCAUACACAGACUGGGACAGGAACCGCAAUCGCGCGAACAGCAGGCCGGACAGCCUCUCAGAACAGCAGGCGUGGGAUCGAUGGGACCGCGGAAGGACGCAGAACCGACCGUCCAGCAUCGGCGCACAGAGCACGCAUUCGCGGGCAGUCAGUCGCGAGGAGCGGAGAAGAGAAAUCGAGAUGGGAGCGGUAUGA